AUGAAUCUGAGUCUCCUGUCCGUCCUCUCCGUCCUGGUCCAGCUGUGUCUCUCUGUGGACCCGUGUCCAGCAGCGUGCCGGUGUGACCUGGACCUCCUCAGCGUGUCCUGUGUGGGAGCCGAGCUGUGGCCCCGGUUCCACUCCAGCACUCAGGAGGUAUACAUCUCUGAGGACCAUUCUUUAAGGCGCCUGGAGAGACAUUCUUUCCACAACCUGUCCAGACUCACACACAUACAACUAACUGGCAUCAGAACUCUGUCGUUCAUCCACCAGGAGGCGUUUAAGAAUCUUCCUAAUUUAACGUACCUUGGGAUCAGUAACACAGGCCUCACCUCGUUUCCUACACUUCAUCAUAUUCAAUCCACUCAAGAGGAUUUUAUUCUGGAGAUCGUGGAGAACAUGUUCAUACAAACCAUUCCUGCUAAUUCCUUCACUGGGAUCAGUGACAACGCUCUGACCGUCCUGUUGAACAGUAACGGUGUGAAGGAGAUCCAGAGCUACGCCUUCAACGGGAGCCGGCUGGAGGAAGUGUACCUUCACAGGAAUGUGGAUUUGGAACAAAUCGAUGAAUUUGCCUUUUACGGUGUCAUUCAUGGCCCGACUCACCUGGACCUUUCAGAAACCCGGGUCCGCUCUCUGCCUUCGAGGGGCCUGCAGACCAUUGAAAAGCUCCGGGCUGAGAACACUUGGGCUCUUAAAGUGCUGCCCCCCCCCAGCGUCUUCCUGCAUCUGCAGAGCGCCGAGCUGACGUUCCCCAGCCACUGCUGCGGCCUGCAGCUGCUGAAGAGAUGGAGGGGACACACGGAGGCGGUCUUCUGUAACCUGAGCCGCGGCGCUCUGGAGAAGCUGCAGGCGUCCUCAGCCGCUCUGCCUCAGGACUUCCUGGGUCCUGACCACGACCCCCCCACGUGUGCCAGCGCGCCGCCUCAACCCGACGGCGUGUUCUACGUGGAGUUAGCGACGCAGCGUCUCGCGGACGGGUUUGACUUCUCGCUGUGUAACGAGCUUCACGCGGAGGUGGGCGGCCCCCUGUGCACGCCGCUGCCCGACGCCCUGAACCCCUGCGAGGACGUGAUGAGUCAGAGCUUCCUGCGGGUGCUGGUGUGGCUCGUCAGUCUUUUGGCCAUCUCAGCGAACCUCCUGGUGAUCUUCAUCCUGCUGAGCAGCCGCCAGAAGCUGUCCGUCACCCGCUUCCUCAUGGGUCACCUGGCGUUCGCAGACUUCUGCAUGGGGACGUACCUGCUGCUCAUCGCCUCCGUCGACCUCUACACGCACUCCCGCUACUACCACUACGCCAUCGCCUGGCAGACAGGAAGUGGCUGUAACCUCGCGGGGGCGUUAUCCCUGUUUGCCAGUGAGCUGUCCGUGUACACGCUAACUUUAAUCAGCCUUCAGCGCUGGCACGCCAUCUGCUUCGCCAUGAGGCCAGACCGGAGGAUGAGGCUACGCCACGCGGCCGUGCUGAUGCUCGCCGGCUGGUUGCUGUGCGUGCUGCUCGCUCUGCUUCCUCUCGUCGGCGUGAGCAGCUACCAGAGGGUGAGCAUCUGUCUCCCGAUGGACACGGAGACGGCGGCUGCUCAGGCGUACGUGGUCUCCGUGCUGAUGCUUAACGUCACGGCGUUCCUGGUGGUCUGCUUGUGCUACCUUCACAUCUACUGCAUGGUCCACAACCCGCAGCACCAGUCCAGCCGCUGCGACACCAGCAUGGCCAAGCGCAUGGCCGUCCUCGUCUUCACCAGCUUCCUGUGUCUGGCGCCCAUCUGCUUCUACGGUCUGUCUGCAGCUUUCCAGCGACCUCUGAUGACCGUCACCGAUUCCAAGGUUCUGCUGGUUCUCUUCUACCCUCUCAACUCCUGUGCUCACCCGUUUCUAUACGUGAUCCUGACAAAAGCCUUUCACCGAGACAUCCUGGUGCUGCUGAGCCGGGUGGGCCUGUGUCCGUGGAGAGCACAUCUCUACUGA